CUUCCGGUUCAGCUGUUUGUGAUGUGUCCAAGGCCUGUACUCGUUCGUGACGUUUCCUAGUUUGUGUUGACAGUGAGCCACUCGUUCGUUUCAUGUACAUACUAGUGCAAUUCAGCUCUGUCAUUAACUCACAGGUUGACCUAUUAACUACUACCUGAGGUGGAGACUGGUGAGGAACAAUAUGGGUCAACUGAUAGUUGCCUACAAUAAAACUUUUAUCUUCCGCUAUGAUGUUGGUAAAUAGGACGUUUCAGUUGACCGACAUUUCGAGACGUGACGUAUCCCGUAUAAAAAGAGUUUGUGAUGUUAUUUUAUAACAUCUCUAACCAGAUAAAUGAUCACCUGCAAUACGCCUGGGAACUUUUCGACACCCUUGACAUUAAUUAUUGGAAAUGGGUGCUGUGGGUGGUGUACCCCAUUAUAAUAUCCUUCCUACUUCCCCUUAUCAUUCUACUGUUUCUGUACGGGUCAGCGCUGUUUCUCAAUGUAUACCAUUAUCGACGUCGACUUCGGGAAGCUUAUGGCAGAGAUUUUUGGGAUGGAGCCAGAAAAACACUAGCAGCAUUAUGGGAUGGACAAGCUAGAUUAUGGCAUGGGUAUGAGAUUGUGGGAUUUGACAAAAUUCCACGUGAGGGACCGGCCCUGCUCAUCUACUACCAUGGAACAAUUCCCAUAGACUUUUAUUACGUCAUAGCCAAAACACUGCUGGACAAGAACAGACACAUUAGAGCUGUUGGCGACCGUUUUCUAUUCCACAUUCCUGGUUGGCGACUCAUGAUGGAAGUGAUGAGGGUCACUCCAGGUACUGUACAGAGCUGUGUAAAUGUACUGAGGGAGGGACAUCUGCUUGGCAUAGCUCCAGGAGGUGUACGAGAAGCCCUGUUCGGGGAUGAGCAUUACCAACUGAUGUGGGGGAGGCGUGAUGGAUAUGCCAAAGUAGCUAUUCAGGCCAAUGUGCCUGUGAUUCCGCUAUUUACACAGAAUGUUAGAGAAGCAUUUCGAACUCCAGUGUUUGGCAGAAACCUAUUGCUGAAGCUGUAUGAAAAAACUAGACUGCCUAUUUCACUUAUUUAUGGAUUUUUUCCUGUAAAAAUGAGAACCUUCGUUGGAGAUCCUAUAUACCCAGACCAAACCCAAAGUGUGGACCAAUUCAAACGACGGGUGGAGAGUGCCCUGCAUUUGAUGAUACAUCAGAACCAAAGGCUGCCCGGAAACAUCUUCAUGGCAUUAUUAGACAGACUUAUACCUCACAAACCUCGUACCCGACUGAGCUGACCCGCAUCUUCUCCGUGUUACAUGUAGUCAUUGUAAAUAUAACACUCAAUUUUCCAUGUAUUUAUUGCCAAAAUGUUUUCUCGUUUACUAGAACAAAUUCUGUGGCUGUAUUUUCAUUUGAAUAUCAGCACAUCAAAGUACAAAUUGUACCAGAAGACGAACGGGCCAGAUUUGCACAAGAAUUUUGAUUCAUAGAAAAGAUAAGAUGUUUAUGUUGGAAAUGUAUGUACAUGCUAGUCUUAGAUAUUAAUUUAGAUUUUAGAUAUUGAAAUAUAAACUGAAUUUUAUCGUAUAUUAUAGAGAACAAUGCCACACUAAGUGCUCAGGGUUGUAAACAGAACUUUACAUCAAACAUCAUUCUUCAUUGCACAUUUAAGAAUUUUACUGGUAUGACAUUCCUUAAAUGGCGAACAUGCAAAAUCUUUUCUUCUUUUUUUUUUGAAAAAAUACUUGAUUUGCUAUUUCUAAAAUGAAAAAAAAUGGUAAAACUUUUUUUACAUUCCUUUUAUAGUAUAAAAAAUGUAUUUUUAUUCUGUAAAAUUGAUAGAUAAAAUCAUUUCCUGUUGUGUUCUGUUUCGCUGUCAAAAUUGAUAAAUACAUCACUACGUAUUAUUUAAACAUGUGAUACACAUAACGUAUACGUUUUACUAUUAACUUAUUAUGCUUUAGGUCCUUGGUGUGUUGUCAUAAACUUCAUGAUUUAUUCAUAAUUGGUAAAAAAGAGGGAUGUUUAAUGUGUUCUUGAAAUGAUAGCUCUGAUUUGUAAAUUUUAAUGUAUAAAUAUUUUGUCAUUUCAUACUCAAAUGUUAUAUUUUUUAAAUGAAAAAUAUUUUCAUGUUUUAUUUAUCAGAAAAUGUUGUUAUGUGACCAGUCAAGUAUUUAGGCCUUAAUUUUGAUUCAAAUAUUUAUUUAUCUUUAUUAUUUGUACGAAUAUUUCCUACGUUUCUAUUCGUUCUGUAGAAUUUCUACUAUUGAGAUUAUCCACUAUCAUGUAUGUUUAUUGAGUCUUUUAGAAGAUGUCUUAAUCAAAUUAUCCACUACCAUAAACAAAUGUAUUAGUCAGUGUUUUGUGAGUGAAUGUUUUUAUUUUAAGUUGUUUCGUAGGUUAGAACAAAAACGUUUUUUUUAAUACGAUGAUUCUAUGAUAUGAUAUACAAAUUGCAAACCUACAUGUUAUCGCAAUCAUGCUUAGCAUUUAAACAUGGUACUAUAACUUCUUCGAACAAAAUGCAGUUCAAUAGUUAUUUAACAUUGAAUUUGACGGUAUAUCGAUAUUUCAUUUGAAAGUUUUAAUUUAAAUCUUAAGGAAGAUUUCCAAUAUCUGGUACAGCCAAAAGCCAUAAUCGGACAUCGAUGCUUAACGUUAUGUUUAUUUCGACGUAAUUACAAUGAUGUCAGGAGCACCGCUCAAGGUAUCAAGAUACCAAAAAAAACACUUACUUAUUUUGGUAGGUUUAUAUAGUGGCAAUGCCGAUCAAACGGAAGUAUUAGAGCAAGAAUAUAAAUAGUUUUAAGUUUUAUCUGCAAAUGAAAAUAACUUCCAAAUAUUAUAUCGGCUCUUUUAAGGUAAUUUAGUAUGGUACACUUGUUGAACCCAUACAUGUUGUUUUGCCGUAUCAUACCUGUGAUAGGGUGGUACACCAGUGUGAAACAGCCCAUUAUAUAGUUCAGGGUAGUUAUGGUGCUAUAAAUGUAUCGGGUCUUUUUGUUACUUUACGGUGUGCACAUAUCUGUAAGAUAAUAAUUAGAUAUUUUACCAUGAUAUGAAUUUGCGGUCAUUAUUAGACAUUUGUGUUUGUCUUUGUUCAAACAUUAAACGUUGUUUGUGUCUCCAAAGUCAUUUACAAUUCAAAUACUACUUUUAUUUACGUCUGUUAAGUAUGACCCAAUGAUAGUGUGUUGAUUUAACGUUUGUAUAACGAAAUGUUGGGUCCAACAGGAUAAUAAAUCAAAAUUCUAGUAAAAUGUUCGGAAAUACAUUGUAACAUCACACGUUUUCCCGUUACAAAUGUUGUUGUUUUUUAAAUUUAUUGCAGUAAAAAAAACACCAAUGUAAACGAUAUCAGCAUAUUGAAGUGAACACUUCAUAUUGAACAUAUAAAUGAAGACUGAAAUGUUCUUAUUUUGUGGAAACCAUCUUUAACGGUUUGGGGUGUUCAAAAUAGGGUGUUGUGUAAGAUGAAAUUAUUUGACCAGUGAAAAGUUGCUUAUAUCCUAAAUAGAACUAUAUUCAUCUUGUACACCUGUUACAAUGUAGUAUACUUGUGAUUGAUGUGACAUUUUUGAUAUCUGGUAUAUGAUAAACCCGGGGCGGGUGAUCCGGGUGAUCCAAGACAAGAAGACCCCCUUCCACAUCUCUCUCUUUUUAUGUUAAAUCUUUGGGGACCAAACAAUCGGCAUUCACUGAAAAUCUACUUUUACAAAUUCUUAGAAAUGCUUUACCCUCGCCCUGCUCGGUGAUUAAAAUUAUAUCAUCUAACCUUUAAUCAAGCUAGAUUUAACGUUUUUGUAUGUCGCAGUGAUAACUUUGGAUCACAUUACCUGUCUGUAUUCCAUAUCACCCGUAUGUUGUGUACCUUAUGGUGUUAUGUAGGCUUAGCGAAUAUACGCUUAAGUUACGAGAGUAAGAUUUGUGUAUCUGAUGAUGGUAUGUUUAAAUAUGUACUGAAUACAUUACAUUCUGCUAAAGACACUUUGGACUUGUAAUGUUUCCCAUGGAUUUCAUUAUACUUUAACCACCUAUUUCUUCCCUUGGCAAUAUUACGAGAUCGUGGUGUCCUUAGCUGAAAGUAACAAUAGUGAAAUGCAUUUGUACAUGUAACGUUGAUAAGAAAUGACAAUCAAGACCCACAUAUGGUAUUUCGCUUUGCUAGCUACUGUCCGUCCGUCCGUGGCGUUAUCCAGAGCAUAUCUCCUCUAUACGUAAUCUGUGAUCAUCACAAUAGAAACAUGUAAGGAGGCACGGUAGUCUAGUGGUAGGACGCCGGGCACGUGACCGUGUUCCAGUCUACUUAGUUGUUAAC